CCUCACAUUCCAGACUGGAUUUACCGGACUCCACCUGUCGCGAGCUCGCGCUCUGUUGUUUAGUGUCUUUAUCGCAAGCGGACAAAACAGCCACUCUGACAUCGGACUGCACGAGACACACAUACUGGAACGAGAGCUGUCUGUGUCGACAUGAGAAUAACAAGCGCUCCAGCUCCCGCCACCUGUUUUACGUUCUGAAUGUUUUUUUUUAUUUUACCCGACGACAGAGGAGGGAACAACAAGCAAAAUUCUGGUUGAUGGUUUUAUCCGCAGUGCCUCAGCCAACCAGCCAGCCGGGGAGCAGUAUGUCAAGCAGGCAGCAGCAGCAGCAGCAGCAGCGGACGCCGUUAAAAGUCACCGACAGCGUGGUGGAGGUCAAGAGCAAAUUUGAGGCAGAAUACCGUCGCUUCGCACUAAAGAAAAUUGGCCAAGGUGACUUCCAGGAGUUCUACCGCCUCCUCCAGACCAUCCAUCAUAUACCUGGUGUUGAUGUGCUCCUGGGAUAUGCUGACAUCCAUGGAGACCUCCUUCCAAUCAACAACGAUGAUAACUUCCAGAAAGCUGUCUCGUCAGCCAAUCCACUGCUCCGUAUUAUUAUAACCAAGAAAGAGGAUGAACCUGUCAUAUUUGCCACCAACUCCCUCCAGAGGCGUAAAAAGGGUCUGGGUUUAACUGGGCUGCGCACCACAAGCUCAGGCUCCACCCACUCAAAGAACAAACCAGGUCUUAUGAUUGGCCUCCCACAGAACUUCAGACAGAUCUCUUCCAUCAUUGAUGUGGACAUCUUACCUGAGACUCACCGACGUGUACGACUUCAUAAGCACGGUACCCACAAACCACUAGGCUUCUACAUUCGUGAUGGGGUGAGCGUGAGAGUGACGCCACAGGGUGUAGAGAAGGUUCCAGGAGUGUUCAUAUCUCGUCUGGUACGUGGUGGGCUAGCAGAGAGUACAGGGCUGCUUGGAGUUAAUGACGAGAUCCUUGAGGUGAACGGCAUCGAUGUAGCAGGGAAAUCUUUGGAUCAGGUUACAGACAUGAUGGUGGCCAACAGUCACAACCUAAUUGUGACUGUGAAACCAGCUAACCAGAGGAACAACGUCCUGCAUCGUGGGAGUAAGACCUCAAUGGGGAACUCUGGUUCUGUAGGCUCAGCUGGAUCUACUGGUUCGGCUUUGUCACAUGACUCACCAAGCCCUGCCUCUCAGAGCAACCCCAUUACUGCAAGCAACAGCAUUGCAGAGGGUGACAGUGAUGAUGAAGAUGAUGAUGGCGACAUCAUUCUGGAAAAUGACUGUCUGACACCCUGCGACUCCCACAGAGUAAACAACAGUAACAACACCAACCUCAAUAGAGACUUACCUACGAACAGGCAGCACCCCUCCUCCGUGGUGAGGCCCCUCCCACAGAGCAUCUCAUUGCCCAAUAGUGUUGGAGCAUCCUUGAGUGACAGCUUUAUGAUGACGUCCAUUCACAACGAGAACACAGCCAGCAUCAGUCAGGAGAGCAUGAGAGAAGACGGCAACAUAAUAACACUGUAAUCAUGAUGACACUGACAGCUACACAGUAGCAGUGAGGACUUUGGGAUGUUGCAACCACAGAGUGCUGUAUCCAUUUCAACAACAGCUAACUGUGCUCCUUGUCAGCCAGAUGUCAAACUCAGCAGCAGCCCCUCUGACAGUUUUUUCCUGUUGACUCAUGCUGAUCAUCUUUUUGAAGAGGCUGAAACCUGAGUCUUAUAGGUUAGACUCACUAACAACAUCACACACCGCUGCUUCUUUCUUUGCUUCAAGCAUCGACUUUUUAUAUGUGUGCUACAUGUGGCUGAUGGUAUGUACACAGCUGCAUUGUCUUUUUCUGCAAGUAAAGAAAAAUUCACUCUAGGGAAAUGAUUUAAAUGCCAUUAUGUAUUAACUGGUCAGUAUACUUAUAGAGAGCAGCAUAAUCAAGAAAUAAUUCUAAAUAUUCUUGUUAAAGCCAAAGCUCAGUUUGAUCUCCACAUAUUUAGGAAAUCAUCUCCACCCCAAAAUUCUGCUGCUGUGCUUGGUGCUCAAUUGGUUGUUACGGUGGUUGCCUAGCAGCGGUGUUGUCACGAUGUAAGUAACGUCGUGACAACACCGCUGCUAGGCAACGGAAACAUGGAUGCCGCAAAGGCUAACAUAUGGUACUUGUUGUCUGAUUUGUUGAGUACAACAAGACAAUAACAAAACAUUACGAUUUGAUCAAAGCCCAUUUUAAUGGCAACAGUAGGACCAACACACAGCCCAUUAAAUAUUCUUUGCUUGUCUGGGUGGUAUUUUGGUACCACAAGUGCACCAUUCAUUCAGAUGAGGUGGUGUAAAGUGAAUUGUUGGUGUUUUUGAGUUUCUCCACUGGCAAUCUGGUGAUUUGUACCAAAAAAUAUUCUAGCUUAGUUGUACUUGCAUCACAAGUAGAAGCUUGAAUGCAAAAUACAAGUUUAAUGUGAUUAUAGCCAGUUAGUCAGAGUGCACCUGCAGAGUUCUUCCUACAGUAUCUGUAUUCCACAGCUGCUUUAAACCGUAUGAAAACGUUCUCCUUCAGUUCAUUAAAUCCCUGCAGCACCUGAAGGCAGCAGUACAAAUGUUGAUAAAUUGGCCUGAUUGGAGAUGUGUUGCUCAGAGCAAAGAUAGUUUUUUAGCUAUGAGAGCAAGAGUGCACCCCCAGUCUUUCCACUCUUUGCACUGCUGCAUCUGCAUGACCAAAAAUGCAGAUGGACGUGCUCAGUCUAUGAGCCCAAGUUCUACCAAUGGUCAUAGUAAUUGUAAUGGUAAAUUAAUGCCCCAAAAAGUACUAUACCUUACAAUACACAAAAAUAUAGACCAGACAGCAGAAAACAGAAAAAGGUUCAAACUUGUUAAAAGUGAUGUGAAAACUUCACAUUUUUUUCUCUCUUUUAAAAUAUUUUGUAAUUAUUUUGAUUAUUUUUUUCAUUAAAUCAUUUGUUAUAGAAUAUGAUACAUUAUUCAUCUCAUGGGUUUUAGUAACGGAUCAAAAUACUGAAGGGAUUUUUCUAAAACAUGUAGAAUUCAAAGACGGUGAUCAUUUGGUUUUACAACGCAAAUUACUGAAUGAAAAUGGUAAUAGAUAAUAUAUAGCAAUAAGCAUUUACAGUCUGGCAUACAAAUAUAGAAACACAUUCGCUGUGACUCGUAUAACGAUUUUUUAUUAUUUUCUGCAACAGUUUGGGGAGGAGGAGAGAAUGUCAAAUAAACUCCAAUAACAUACACACUUCCACACAUGGACACAAUCACACAUCAACCAUUAGGAGAGGGUGUCAAAAUAAGGAGAUAAGUCAUAAGUCUUUUUUUACAGAUAACACCAAAAUACCUGUGGUGUGACAGAAUCACAAUAUGAAAGUAAGGCUUUACGGUAACAUUUACUUUACUUUAAGUUAAAUAAAUGUUUACUAUUUUAAUUUUAAAAGUUUUCAAAAUCCUGCUUUGUUUUCAUCCAUGAGAAGCUUAACUAUAGCACUGUUAGAGGUCAGAAACUCAAUUAUGGUCAAUUUGAAGUAGCAUUUUUACUUUUAAGCACAUACUAAGUUAACUAAGUAACUCAUCAGUGAUUCAAGCCGGUCUAGUGCCCACUGAUUUCUAUGUCACUGAUCCUGUUUUGUUGAUGGGAUACCUUGUUCACAGCUGGAUUUGUAGCAAGACAUCUAUGAAAUAUAAUGAGGCGGCUGUGGCUCAAGAGGUAGAGCGGGUCAUCCUCUAAUCAGGUCGGCGGUUCCAUUCUCCCCCAUUCUGCAUGCCGAAGUGUCCUCGGGCAAGAUACUGAACCCCAAAUUGCCCCUGACGGCUGUGCCGACGUUGUGUGACUGAUGUGCAAUAGAGACAGUGUUUCACAUGGAUGCACUGUAUGAAUGUAUGAAGCACAUACUGAGUAACACCGUAUUUAGGUGUGUGUGUGUGUGUGUGUGUGUGUGUGUGUGUGUGUGUGUGUAAUCUAUAAUAGCGCUAUUUAUAGAAAUACAAAUCAUUUAUUCUCACAUUAAAAUGGCAAAAAGCCUGGAAGAGAUGGACACAUUUUGUUCAAGUCCACUCAUAGAAAUAAUGACUCCAACAAAAAUGUUUCUUUGAUUGUCUUCAAAAAACGUGUUAACUAUUCAUUUGUAAGAGAAUGAAGCAGUUAGUGAGACCUGUUAUUUCUUACAUGAUGUUUAAACAAAAAUGUUAUUGCCACAGUUUAAUCAAUCAACAGCUUUUACAGGGGAAAACAAUUUCAAAAACCACAAAACUUGAUCUUCAACCCAUGAAAGAUACAAAUAUUGGUGUUUUAAUCUCCUGUUUUACAGGUGACAUUUGUAUAUUGGGCCAGUGAACACACAUUAAACUCCUGUUGAACCCAUUCCAUAUACUUCACAGCUAACCUGACAAAUGGCACACAAUAUCACUGAAUAAUUACCACAUUUAAGGUUAGGCAUUGUUUCUGUCCAGUCGCAGACAACGAAUUGCCAAACUGGCCUGACUUGGAUUGGGGUUACGGUUUGCAUGAGUCUGUGUGUUUCUGUGUGUUUACAGUACAGCCUCAUUUAACUGUCUCCUGCUAUUUUACAACUCUGUUAAAAUCAUCAGCUUUCCUGGUAAACAGAGCUGCCAUGGACCUCAGAGUAGACAGUUCAGUUUACUGAUGCUGUUCAAUGCCAGGAGAGAUAAAUCAAGUCUGUCCGACCAGAAUAUAUUUUGGCAGAAGUUUGAUGUCAGCAGUAGUUGAACACACACACACACAUAUAACAUAUUCUUUUUCACUUUAAUAUAUGUUAAUGUAAAUGUAAGAUUAUGAAACAAGGGAGAUUUCAUUAGCAGGGAGAUGUUUUUAUGUAAGAGAAGAUUUUAUAAUAUGUAUAAUAUUGAGAGUAUUUUUCUUAUUCUUGUAAUUUUAAACUACAUGAGAGGAGAUGAGACAAAGAUGAACACUGUGCAAGUGUGUUAACAUGAAGUGUCUGUAGCUUAAGUAAAGAUGGUCUUUUUCAGAGACCAGUGUUUCCCAGUUCUAGUUCAACUUAAUUUCUUCUUUCAUUUGUAAUGAAUGCAUGUUUACAUGUUCCAUGUUAAUCAUGGAAAUAUUGGAGUGGUUUCCCAUCUGAAGUACCACUGGUGUGCAUGUCCAUCAUUCCAACGUUCACAUGCUAUAAUGCUAACAAGCCCUGACAGGUUAUGUGACUUACAUUUUUCCCCUUACUAACAAGGAUCGAGAUAAUGGAGACAACUGAGUCUGGGCAAAUCUGACCAGACCACCUGUAGCCCUGAAGGCCCCAGCCUCAGUGUGUGGCAAUGUUGGUGAUAUGAUUAAUUGUGAGUUUGUUUGGAAAUAUGCACCAAUACAAUAAUAUAAAGUGAAAUGAGAAGGGUAAUGAAAGUUAAGUGGCUCUUGCUCUUAGACCUUACAUUAAGGUAAGGACCCAGCAUCAAUGUUGUUUAAAAACCUAAUAUUUCCCCUAUUAUUAAUACAACACUGGCUGUAUUCUUUAGGAAAUCUUUGUAAAGUCAAACUAUCUUGAAUAGUUACAGUAGGGUUGCUUAAUAGACACACAAAGCCAAUCAUUAAGGUAACAGUCCAAUAGCGUUUCAGUGAGUGGAGGCAAAUACACAGACCCAGGACAUGUUUAUCCCAGCUCAAAGAAUGGAAGGAAAGUGCUUGUCUAGCUUCAAAUCUGAUCUUUAAUCUCAUAUUCAUACAUUUAAUUUAUUAUUAUUAGAUUAUGAAAAUAACGAAGUCUGUUAAGAAGCUGUUAGCUGAGGUAUUUCUUAACCAACCACCUGUUGCCAGGUGUACAGUAACUAUAUUUGUACUACAAUCUGUAUCCACUUACUAUUAAUGCAUACUGAACAUUCCCUACUGCUUUAUAUUAAAAGCAUUUACGUGCCAAAUUAGUGCUCAGCACUUCCUGCAUCAGUCAUCCAAUGUAAAUGCAAAACAAGACAUUGGUAAUUUUAUUAAGUUAAAACUGAUUAGUUUGAAGGUGUCAGAUUGUAGUUGGAUUUUCAGUAGCAGCUGUACUUAACCAGCUCCUUUCACUGUGCCCUACUGUUCUUCUUAGGCUUUUAUUAUGUUGCCACCUUUCCUUCCUUGUAAGCUCAUCUUAGCUACUGCCUACAUUAUGUAACACCUAAUUCUAACAGCGGUGGCAUUUUAUAUAUUUUGAUAAUCAAUCAAUCAAUCAAUCAAAUUUUAUUUGUAUAGCCCAUAUUCACAAAUCACAAUUUGUCUCUGUAGCUUGUGAUAUUGAGAUCUUGCCGGCUUCCAUGUUGGCUUAUUAAACUUUGAUGGUAGUUUUGUCAGAACUGCAAAAGUCACUUAGGCAUUUUGUAUUUUUCAAUAAUAAUCUUCAAUGAAACUUUAGUUUACUCAUGUCAACAGUCAUGCUAAGAUAUCUCAGAUGAAAUUACUGAUCUCCUCAUCUGAAUCUGGAUAACCUGUCAAAACAAAUAGACUGUUUCUUAAUGAUUGGUACUGUGAUGGAGUAAAUGUAAAGAAAUAUUUUCUUUAUAAAUAAACUGUUUAAAUAUGAAAAAUGUGAUUAAAUCCACUUUACAUUGGUCUUCCCUUAACCACAGCCUUUCUUGAAAAGCAAAACAGCACAUUUGCAAGAGCAAGCGGAAAUCCACAUUUCCAGCCGUCAAUCUAUGUGCUGGCAACUACAGACAUAAAUGUGACAUUAAGUAAAAUGAUUUUUAAAUGUGGCUUUGGAAGUUGGCCCCACCUGUGAGUAUUUUUGAAAGCGCCUGGCCCUUUCUAAACAGUCUCCACAGAUGACCUACCAGACUGUAAAGCAAACUAUCUUGUGGGUCAGUUUACCAAUGUGACAUCUCCCUUGAUCCACAUUGCUGUUGUGUGAACAGUCUGAUCCUGAUCAUGUCAAUGUCAUGUCACUGUGCUGCUGUUUGUAGCCUGUUUCCAUCCUGACAGCAGGUCAGUGCAGAGACAUCUUGGUCACUGUCCUCUGACUGUACAAGCUUUUAGAAAACAAAUGAAGUGCCUUUCUGAAGUAAGGAUAUUUGUGUUAAAUUGGAUGUCAUGACCUGUGUGAUGUGCAGCUGAAGCACCUCAGUGCAGACGUUUGUGUCAGAUGAUGGACCACAGCAAAACUAACACUGCACUGAACUUCACACAGCUGGUUUCUAUGGGAUUCUGUAACUUAUCUAUUAAUGUCAUUUGAGAUGAAAUAUGAUGAUUACAUAAUUAUUAUAUAAGGUAAUAAAAAAUUACACGGUAUAAAGAGGA